GUAUCAUACACGCAUUUGCCACGAUCGCUGUUCAAAUACAGCACGGGAAAUGGCUCUGUGAAGACCUGCAAUUAUCUGAUUAUUGCGGUACAUAUUGCCCUCUGCCCCUCGGCAGGUGUGAUCGAGUGUCGGUGCUUGUCGGACACCACCGUGCUUAUCAAUCAGGAUCUCGCCUCAGCCCGCCAUUGUACGGUGUCUUGCCGUCGCGAUUAUGGAAGACAACGCUGAACUAGAGUCGUUUCGACGGCAGUGGCGGGAGGAAGUCGCACGUCGGACGAAGCAUACUAAGCCUAACAUACCACGGCCUAAACCUACCACAAGCUCAUCUUCUAGUGUACGACCGAGUCAGUUCCCGCCAACUCGCCACGAGGCAUCGCUACGCAAAGAGGAUGAUCAGGAAGGGUCAACAUCAUUCGGUAGCACUGAAAUCGUCCAAGGUGUCAGAAAUCUAAGUAUAGCCAAUGAUGAGGAUGUUUUCCACUCACGAGAAUCACGAAAGGAGCCUAAAUCAGCUCUAGAGCACUUUGAACGAGCGGUUGAGAGGGAGGCCGAGGGGAAGUUGGGGGAUAGUCUACAACACUACCGCAAAGCAUACAAGUUGGAUUCAGCUGUCGACAAGACUUACCGUGACAAGCAUUUUGCCUGGGCUUGGAAAAAGCCAGCGCAAGCCCCAGCUUCUGCAGCGAACAUACCCUCAAAAGAUCAACAAACUCAAGGUGAAUCUGAAGUUUUACCGACACCUGAGCUUAUUGCAUCUUUUGCCCACCUGCCCAUUGCUCGACCAGAGCCUCUCUUCGAGGGUGACCCCGCACCCCCAUGCCCCAUCGCCCACGUUCCAUCGGAGGUGAUAGUCGAGAUUUUGAGGCAUGUGGCAUUGAUGGACCCUGCGGCAUUCUCCCGGAUGUCACUGGUCUGCAAACGAUUUGCAUGGCAUUUUGCCCACGAACAGCACAUUUGGAAACGACUUUGCCAGGGCUCUGGAUUUGGCUUCAAGUCUAUGCAUUAUGCUUUUGAUUGCGACCUUCAAGGUAACCCAGAACACACACUAACUCCUCAUUCUCGCUAUACCCCAUUUCCUAGUGGCACUGCUGUGCAGGUUCCCAAACCGCUCUCGUCAUGGAGUGACGUCUUUCGCAUGUUCCCUCGUAUUCGAUUUACAGGAAUCUAUAUUAGCACAGUCAACUAUACUCGCGCCGGUGCUGCCUCAUUUUACCAAAAUGUAACGUGGAACUCCCCGAUCCACAUAGUAACGUACUUUCGAUACCUACGAUUUUACCCAGACGGCACAGUUAUCGCCUUACUCACCACCGUGGAACCUCUGGACCUGGUUCCACAUAUUAGCAUGGAAAACCUUUUAGAAGCUCGGGCAUCUCACAAGCACCAUCGACGUCAGCCUUUGGACGCAGGUAAGACUGUGGCAGGAGCUUCGGAACCAAUUCCUGCGGCCGCAAUGGGAGCCUUAAAAGACGCUCGCCGGGGUCGUUGGCGCUUGGCCAAUCCUUUUCCAGCCUCCGAGAGUGGCGCGCAGGCAGAGACUGGCCUCCCUCCCGUACAUGGUGGAAAAGACCUGUCGGCCGACGCCUUUGAUCCCAGAGACGUCAUUAUCGAGACGGAAAGUGUAAGCAAGUCGAGCAUCAAUGUUCUUCACAUGUCACUGCGGCCAUCUGCGGCGCAUAAGUCUACCAAUUCGUCAAAGAACACAAAAAUGAUAUGGAAGGGCUAUUGGAGCCGCAACAAACUCACUGAUGAAUGGUCCGACUAUGGUCUUCGCCAUGACCGCGGAUUCGUCUUCCGACGUGUUCGUGGAUGGGGUAUGAGCUAAUGAAUCAUGGGAUUUUACUCUGGCGCUUUCUAGAUGGCAAUGUAUAGACGACGGGAAAACAUCUAGCAGAUUCUUGGGUACAUAAAUCAUGACAUGGGAAAAACGAAGUCUGUGACUUUAUAUACUAGAUAUAUAAUAUAUACGAUGGCAAUGCAAAAACCAAG